AUGCGCAGCAUCUGGAAUGGCGAUGUGGUCUCCGAGGGACUGGGCGCAAUGGGACCGACACCGGUGCAGCCCGGCGGCCCCGAGAUCCUCAUAGGCGCCGGCACACCCCAGGCUGUCCGCCGCGUCGGCAGGUACGCCGACGGCUUCAUUGCAGCGGCAGCAAACGCUCCCGCAGUGAAUGACCUGUACCAGAUCGCCCUUGAAUCGUGGGAAUCGGAAGGUCGAACCGGCAGGCCCCGCCUGGCCGGGGUCGCAUCCUAUGCCCUGGGGCCUAACGCCGCCGACAAGGUGGGCGGCUACAUCCGCCACUACUACUCAUUCCUGGGCGAUGCCGCAGAGAACAUGGCCCGCAACGCCAUCUCCACUCCGGAAGCCAUCAAGGACACCAUUCGCGAUAUGGAAGGCAUCGGGAUGGACGAGGUCGUCUUCCUCCCCAGCGUCGCCGAGAUGGACCAGUUGGAGCGCCUCGAGGAUAUAAUCUGA